UCGCUCUCCGUGUGACAGGGAUUGGGAGGCUGCUGGGAAAAGAUGGCAGCUUCCUUUUGUGUGUGUGGAUUUACUGGACUCCGAGGGGGGAUUUAAACACAUCGUUCAGUGGAUACACGGACCCUCCGUCGCUCACGGCCGGCUGCCCCCCCUCACUUCGAGCAGGAGAACAUGGAGAAGAGCGGCAGCAUCGACAGUCUGGGCUCGAAGCGCUCCUCUUCCCGACAGCCAAGUGUUGAUUCAUUGUCCAGUUCUUCCACCUCUCGCUCUGACCGCUCUGCCCAGGCCAAGCCGCCCUCUGCCAUGUCCUCCGACUCUGUGUCCACCUCUACAGAGCUCUCCCCAGAGCUCAGGGUUAAGCCCAAAACUCUUACCAAGCAGGUGCUGAGAGAUUCAGACAAAGAGGAACCACAGUUACUUCCAAAUGAAACGGUGCAAGACAUGGCCCAAGAUGUCACCUACUUCUGUCCUUUCAUCGGAGCACUGAGGGGAACAGUGACCGUAACCAACUACAGGCUUUUCUUCAAAAGCAUGGACAGGGAGCCAGCAUUUGUGCUGGACCUUCCCCUCGGGGUGGUGAGUCGUGUGGAAAAGAUUGGAAGUGCAUCAACCCGUGGUGACGUGUCCUAUGGGCUGGUUUGCAAAGAUAUGCGUAAUCUACGAUUUGCACACAAGCAAAUGGAGGACACACUCAGGAAGUCCAUUUUUGAAGUGCUGGUGAAAUUUGCGUUUCCUGUUUCCAACGGACUGCAAAUCUUUGCCUUUGAAUACGGGCAAGUGUUUCCUGAGAACGGGUGGAAGGUGUACGACGCUGUCUCGGAAUACAAAAGACAGGGUAUACCCAACGAAAGCUGGAGGAUAACAAAAGUAAACGAUCACUACGAGGUUUGUGACACCUACCCAUCAACUCUGGUGGUGCCUGUCAACAUACCGGAAGAAGAGCUGAAGAGAGUGGCUGCCUUCCGGGCAAAAGGAAGGAUACCUGUGUUGUCAUGGAUCCAUCCAGAGAGCCAGGCGACAGUGACGCGCUGCAGUCAGCCCAUGGUUGGGGUAAACGGGAAGCGCAGCAAAGAGGAUGAGAAAUACCUCCAGGCGAUCAUGGAUGCUAAUGCUCAGUCCCAUAAACUCUUCAUUUUUGAUGCCAGACCCAGUGUCAAUGCCGCUGCCAACAAGAUGAAAGGGGGCGGUUAUGAAAGUGAGGACGCGUAUCAAAAUGCUGAGCUGGUGUUCUUGGAUAUUCACAAUAUCCACGUGAUGAGAGAGUCGCUCCGCAAGCUGAAGGACGUGGUCUACCCCAACAUUGAGGACUCCCACUGGCUCUCUAAUCUUGAGUCCACUCAUUGGCUCGAGCACAUCAAGCUGAUCCUGGCAGCAGCACUGCGGAUCGCAGACAAAGUGGAGUCUGGGAAAACGUCGGUGGUGGUGCACUGCAGCGACGGCUGGGACCGAACAGGCCAGCUCACCUCUUUGGCCAUGCUCAUGCUGGACGGUUACUACCGCACCAUCCGCGGCUUUGAGGUGCUGCUUGAGAAAGAGUGGCUGAGCUUCGGUCACCGCUUCCAGUUGCGUAUCGGACAUGGCGAUAAGAACCACACAGAUGCAGAUCGCUCACCUGUUUUCAUUCAGUUCAUUGACUGCGUCUGGCAGUUGACUCGCCAGUUCCCUGCAGCUUUUGAGUUUAACGAAUACUUCCUGGUCACCAUCCUGGACCACCUGUACAGCUGCCUGUUUGGAACGUUCUUGUGCAACAGCGAACAACAGAGGCUGAAAGAAGAAAUUCCCAAGAGGACAGUGUCGUUGUGGUCCUACAUAAACAGCCAGCUGGAGGAGUUUACCAAUCCUCUGUAUGUGAACUAUUCCAACCAUGUGCUGUUCCCUGUAGUCAGCUUACGUCACCUGGAGCUUUGGGUUGGCUACUACAUCCGCUGGAACCCUCGCAUGAGACCUCAAGAACCUGUCCAUCAGCGCUACAAGGAGCUGCUGGCGAAGCGCGCUGAGCUGCAGAAGAGAGUUGACGAGUUGCAGCGAGAGGUGACCAAUCGCUCGGCCUCCUCUUCCUCCGAACGGGCGGGCUCCCCGACGCGCUCCAUCACUCCAGUGCAGACCUUCGUUUGACAAAACUCGACCCUCGUGGCGGUCGCGAAAACUGAAUCCUACCUGUGAGAAGGUGCCAUACAUUAGUAAUCAGUAGGCCACAUGAAGGACCUGUGCACCAAACUGCCUCUUUGGGUGACACAUUGCGUUAAUACACUACCACCAAAAGUCUGAGUAAGCAGAUUACUGUAGAGUCUGCUUGCAACUACAGCCAUAUUGUACUCCAUGGUUGAGGGGGCAUAGAGUACUGUUUAGCAUAUCGACAUACCUACAAUCAGUGUUGAACGUUUUUGAAAUACACUAAAAUGUCACACGGGUAAAAUAUAUAUGCCUUAUACACUUCAUAGGAACACUCAUUUUAUUCCUCUACACUGCAAAUGUUUGCUUAGAUAUUGAUUUGAAAGCAAUACAGCUGAAGCAAUUUUGAAGAUGUACAUUGCUUUUGAGUUCAAACCUGUAGUACUAAAAUCAACUAAAUGGCUCUGGAGUUGUUAAAUAUUCAGAAAUGUAGCUAAAGGGCUGUAAUGUUAGCUUCUUCUAAUAGUGACGAAAGAUAGUCAUAGAGUGCAUUAAAAGACAGUUAGCGGGUUGUCUUCAGAAGUCAGUGCUUUUAGAUUGUUGUGACCAAAUAUCAGUUUUUUUUUUAUGAAUAUAUAAUGCGUCAUGUAUGGCAUUCCUCUCAUUGAGUGAGUACAGUUUUGUAAGUUUCAUUUUUCUAACUAGUUAACAUUAUUUAUUAUACUUUUUCGUCCUUGUAUUUAUGGCUCACAAACACACUUUUGUCUCAUGUCAGUAGAGAUCCCAUGCAAUAUUAAUAAGUAACACAGAAUAUGCAAUAGUUAAUUUGUCUCAGUUAAUAAUCAUUUACUCAAAAUGUUUGCGUGUGAACAUUUCUAUAGACGCUUUUCAAAGCUAAUAUCGGCUAAUAUUAUUUUUUAUAGGCACCAGAAUGUGUGACAACUAAUAAUUUGCUUUUUAGUUUUAAUGAAUCUGAAUGAAUAUCUGUGCCUUGCUCUGAAUGACUGAUUGGGAGAAUAACAAAAUAAAAGUGUGCACAGUCUUUAAAUGCCAAGGACUUUCUUCUGCAAUAAACACAGGACUCAAGUUCACGGAGUCAGUACGGUUUGUCACAUUAACGUGGGGUGAUCACAACACCCUCCAGUCUAUUUCUUAAUUUUAGCAAUUAGGGUUGCAAACGGUAGCAGAACCUCAGUGACAUUAGCAUUAAUCAUCUGUGAUUAUGAAUAUGGUCUUGCCAUAGUAUGAGAAACAAAGAGUGCCUUUUAGUGUAAAUGAAGAAAUAUGAAAGUGAUUUAAAAGUCUGGAAUUUACAGUGUGACUGUGCUGGAGAGUAAUAUUAGACUGCAAUGGCUCUGAAAAUAUUAGCACAGUCACAUUCAAGCUGUUUAAGUCACGUACAUAAAUAUUAGAUGACUAGCCUAAAAUUGGCUGUAAGGCAUCCUUUACUCAUUAAUAGACUUAUUAUUAUUCCCUUGACUUUUGUUUUUAAUUUUUGCCUACUUAAAAUUUAUUUGCAUUGCCACUUAUAUUGAAUUACUCUCCGGUUAAAAAUGUACAGCUAUUAAAGUGUGACCAUAUUUGCACACAGUCAAAGUGACGCUGCGGUGCUGUAUGCACUUCAUUGCUUCAGAACAGAACAAAGCAAUGUCAAACUGUAUAAAUAUGUUCAAUUAAUAAAAGUUCUGAUAUGCUAUGUA